AUGAUAAAUAAUUAAGUUAAUUACAACAACAAAAAUUCUAUUACUUUUGGACGAAAGAAGACAAAGGCUUUGAAAUUAGAGGCAGUUUCUUUUAUUAAUAUAUAUUUUAUCCAUAAGAUCAAAAAAAAUAAAAUCUUAACUUAAAAAAUCUCGAACAUUCUAGAGAACAAUACAAAUUUUCUUGUGAUGGCAUAAAACAAAAUGGAUCUAUUGGAUUAUUACUAAGACCUUUUGAUCAUUUAGACUUUGAAUCUGAGGAGGAAUUUAUUUAUUAAAUCAAAAUAAAUAGUCCAGAAUAAGAAAAAAAUGUUCACAUUUAUAAUGUUUGUAAACAAAUUAAAUUAAAAAUCAUAAGAAAUAUACUAAAUUCUCCAUUAAAAUAUUUAAAAUUAGAGUUAAAACUUUAUAUUAAAUACUGAGAGUAGAUAAAGAUAUUUCGAAUUAACUAAAGUAAAUGAAAAUUCAUAAUAUUAAUGGGAUAUAAAAAUAACAGUUAUCAUAGUUUUAAUUGAUCAUUUAGAAAUUUCUAAAUAUAAAAGUAUUGAUAGAUAGAAUUAAAUAUUUAAAUUUUAAAUAUUAACCUAUCAAAAAUAUAAAAUCUAACUUUACAAUAUAUAUACUCAAAAUGACUAACCAGCAAUUGCAUACUGGUUUGAAUAUUCUGAACUCAAUAGUUAAGAAUUUAUGGCUAUGAGUUUUAAUUAUGAAAAAAGAUAGUUAAUUAAUCUAGAUAAUCCAAUAAUUUAUUCUGAAGAUGAAUAAAACUUUUGUUUUCUUUAAAUUAUGUCAAGUAAUACUAAUUAUAGCAUCAGAUUCUUGUAGGUCUUUGAUCGCUUAACAGCUAAGCUAAAUUAGAAAAAUAUUCUAACUUAUUAAAGAAUGUUCGUAUUCUUUAACUAAUAUGAAAAAAACGAACAAUUCAUUAAUGUUAAUAUUUAAAAUCAAGACUUAUUUAUCAUACCUUGUUUUGAGAAUUUAAUUUAUUAUAAUAAUUAAAAUAAUUAAAAUUUUAAUUUAUUUAAUUAAUUCAAAUUUUAUAAACUCUUUGAUGUAAUGAUCCACGUGAAUAAAUUUUUCAGACUCUCAGAAUCAUAUUUCGAUGACCAAAUUUAAAUUUUAGAUUAGACUUUUAAAAAAACUCUAAGUAACAAAAAAAUGUGCUUGCAGAUAGUGUAGUAACAACCAAAUUAUGAAAAAAGUGACAAAAAGAAUUAUUUUACACUUGAAGAAAAUGAAUAAAUUGUUAUUAAUUUAAAUCAUAAUGAGCUCUUAAGUUUAGAUGAAAUUAUAAGCUUAAAAAAUAAAUAAAGAUAUUAUUUUUUAAUUUAAUUUAAGGAUUAUUUUAAUAGUAAUAAUACUCUAAUAAUACUAAACAAUAAUUAUUUAUUUUCAAACAAUCCUUAAAUAAUAGUUUCUGUAAGAUAUUUUGAUCAAGAUAAAUAAUACAAAAGUGUUUUAAUUUUCAAAAAUAAUUAAAAUUUAGAAAUAAAUUUAGGAUAAACUUAAUUUAUUGAAGUUGAUAUUUUUUAGAAUAUAACUUUAAUUAAUUUUCUUUUAGUUAAAGAAACAGUAUAUUCUAUUAUAUAAGAAUAAUAAAUAAUUGACUUUGUUGAAAAUAAGCCAUAUUUUAUAUUGAAAAGAAAUGAUUACAAUUUAAUAAUUUAUCUAGAGAAUAAAGAUAGCAAUUAAAUUAACUAUAAUAUAGAGCUAAGUGAUUGUGAUAUUCUAAUUCAUAACUAUAUAACAGAAUUUAAAAUUAAUAAAAUAAAACUUUAUAAAUCUAAUUAAUAUGCUGGGUUUUUAGUUGAAAUUAAUAAUCCAUUAAUGACAACAAUUUAAGUUUAAUAUGUAAAAUAGCAAUCUUAUUAUGAUUUAGUUAACACUUUUUUAGGAUAAAGUAACAAUUAAAAAGUGAAUUAUUAAUUAUUCAGUUGA